AACCCGGAAAGAAGCCGAAGCCAAUGAAAUCGGCAAAGCCGAAAGCAGCAGCCACAUGCAAUCACAUCCCUUUUGGUCAAGAUCUUGUACCAGUAGAAGCACUACAGUGCUACUGCACAGUCCCUUUACUACUUGACGCUAACAACAGCAAUCUGUAGCCGAGGUUUCCUUAGUUGUCAAUCAAUACAUCCAUCUUAAGCCUCGUCCUUGUUUGGUUGGAUCUUGUGAAAAGCAAAGCAAGCAAGGCUUCAGAAUGCAUUUUGGCGGCUGCCAUCUAUCGUCACUCUUUUCCGAGAGCGCCAAUGCGCUGGCAGUAGCCAAUGCUGCUGCUGCUAGUAGUACACUGGGAAGAGUCGAAGGGGAACUUCCCAAGGAGAUUCCACCAUUAAAGCUGCAACGGCCGUGCGCUAAUCGCGUCCGUGAUGAGAGAAUACCCUUGGCAUUGCAGAAUGAGUUGCGACGCAAACGGCGAAAGCAUCGCUUUGAUGACGCGGAAGAUGAUCCCACCAAGCCUCUCAAGAAGAAAAAAUUCAGACGAAGGCGCAUCAUCAUUAUAGAUGACGACGAUGAUGACAGUUGUGAUGGAGAAGCAGAAGCAGCCAAGAAGAACCAAGAGAAGGCUGCUGCUGUAGUGCAGGAAAAAGAAGAAGAUCAUCCCUUACUGGCAACGGACGACAACGACAAGGCCUCCCCGAAUACUACUACUACAGCUACCACUUCUCGUGUUGUGACUCCGGCUGCCAGUGAAGCUUCCUCGGAAGAGUCUGUUGCGGAGGAAGAAGCUUCUGCUUGCGAAACACCACAAGAUCCAUUGGAUGUCGUGCGGAAUCAACUGGCAAACACCGUCAUUGGCAAAAUCCAAUGGCAGCCGGACUCGCAGUUUGCCGAUCCGAUCCAAGAAUUGCAAGACGACGAUGAGGUGGUGGAGGAGGACAUCGCCACCUUGAAAAGUCGUCGUAGUUUGCGUCCGGUGUGGGAACCAACGCCCGCCGAAAAUAGUGGAUGGUCCAAAUUCUUGAAGGCUCAAAAAGGAUUUCACUCUCGCAGCGUUCUGCCUACGUUUCAACAAGGCGAUUAUUGGGAAGAGCCUCUUGGCAAUAGUACUAGUUUACAGCAGACACUGCAAAAUGGAACGCCAAAGUCAACCACCAAAGAAACAAGCAAGCAUCCAACGAAUGUUGUUCCAAGAGAAAAGAUCAAUAAGGAGUCCGUGGCGGAGAAUAGUAUCCUCAUGGAAGAAGAACCCAAUAAAAAUCGAGCGGCAGUGGAGAAUGAGGAUUCAAUGGAGCAUCCAUCUGCAGUUGAAGCGGCAAUGCACACUGAGCACCCGCUGGAAAAGGGGAAAGAAUCAUCCAAAGAGCCGGCUUCAGUUGACGUGCCUGCAGCUUCCUCUGCAACAGUGGAGAACGAGUCAGUGGAGCAGCCAUCUGCCGUUGAAGUGGCAAUGCACACCGAGCACCUGGUGGAAAAGGAAAAUGAAUCAUCCAAGGAGCCUGCUUCAGUUGAAGUGCCUGCAGCUUCCACUGCAACAGUGGAGAUUGAGUCGGUGGAGCAUCCAUCUGCAGUUGAAGCAGCAAUGCACAAUGAUCACCCGGUGGAAAAUGGGAAAGAAUCGUCCAAGGAGCCUGCUUCAGUUGAAGUGCCAGCAGCUUCUACCGCAACAGAAGCCAAGUGUUCAACUCCUCCUAAAACAGCAAAGGAAACAUCGACAAGCAGCAAGGAACAACUUGAUCAGAAUCAAGACAUCAGAAAAGUUCAAGUGGAGGAGUCCGUACAGAACGGAGAAACGUCGAAAUUUUCUUUGCAAAACGAUAAGAAUCACCUCGUGAUGGAGUUGGAGAGAGAUUUGACCACAACGGCAACGUCAAAAGCAGUACCUAGAAAGGCAUCGGGCGAAACUUCAACUACGUGCAAAGACGCCAACCAAUCUACUGCUGCUGCAAACUUCUCAAUGACAGAAUCUAAUUUGACGACUGAGGCUCAACCGAUGGAAGUAGAAAAGAGCUUGGUAGCAAAGUCGCCUGCUGAGGCCUUGCCCAGUCUGCAGUCUGACAGAGAAACCGGCACUUCUGCUACUGAACAGAACAAAUCCCAAUCUGCAAUGAUGUCGACGGAGGCUAAGUCGCGAGAAUCUGACUUGACGACGAAGAUGCCGUCUGAUAAGCGAAACGACAAUGAAAACGUGUCGAUACAGGAAUCACCUGCUACGGCCUUGACAAAAACCGGCAGGAGUUUAGCGACGAACGACGCAGCACAAAACGCAAUCCUCAUGACAGAAUCCGGCUCAAAAGAAGGAUCACCACAAAAUAAUGCACAACUCACUGCAGGAGCUCUGUCAGAGCGGACAAACGAGUCGCCAGUAGUGGGCCCUCCCAAACAGCUGCACGCAGAGCCUGCCGCUGCGAAUAGUACCAUUGCUGAGCGAGGUGACAUAGCAGCAUGCUCGGUACAACGAAACAACGACAAUCCAUCCGAGGUGUCCCUUGAACCGACUUCCGUUUCAGCCGGCAAAGACGCAUUCUUGAAUAAGGAGCAUUGCGAGGCCGAUUCUCGUGUCGAGGUCGAGCAAUUGGACGGCAGGAAGGAACGAGAAUCACAGUCGAUGGACAAGCAUCAACACGUCCUUGAUUCUGAAUCUGUUUCUGCCCAGCAGACAACCCCGAGAUUACGGCCCCUUGCAGCCAUGCUGCAAUUCGGCAACAUGAGGGAAAAGCAGCCAGCUCGAAACGAAAAGUUGGCUCAGGUUGGAACUGAACUUGGGCAUGCAGAAAGGGGCAGUCCUUGUGAACGCGGGUUGGCCCCUCGGUGCCAAGACGAAGAAACAAGCAAGCAGACGCCAGAAGCUGUGCAAGUCGAUGUUAGUAGUUCUUCUUCGAGAAAUCUCAUCAUCGAAUCGCAAGAGAAAGCGAAAACAGCAUACAUGUACUCCCCACCCACCCAUGAGAAGGAAGGAAAACAGAACUCGGAGAGGCAUGGGGGGCAAAGAGUCCAAGUCGACAGUGACGGCGUACCUUUGAAUGAGAAAGCACACACUUCGCAGGUUGGUGCCGAAUUACGGUCAUCACCACGUAGCCAUGAAGACCUUCUUCAGUGCCAUGACAGCGACAUUCGAGGUUCAGGCGAUCGCGGUGCGACUGUUGACAGCAUCAACAGACCAACCAAAAAUAGCUCCAACGCUAGAGUCAAUAUUCUAUCUCGCCUCGACGAGGGCAGUCAUGGCAAAGCCCCAGAGUGUAAGGAAGAUCUGGACGGGAAGCAACCCGAAGUUAUCGAAAUUCACUCAUCGAGUGAUGAAGAAGACGACGAAGACGAGAAUCAGUUAUCAUCAUCCGAUGACGCUGGGCGCCCACAGUCAGAGUUUGAGGAGAAGCCUGGGUACUUCAGGGCCAUGUAUGAAUCAGAGACAGAUUCAGCAACAGAUGAUUCUGAACCCGACGAAUCUGAACCAAAAGAACCCGAGAACGACAAAAAAGCUGAACUAGUCUCCCGCGUGUACACAGUGAGUAGAUCGGGACGUCGGUGCAGUCGAUACAAACGGGAGCAAACCAAACCAAAACGCAAGCGCAAGCGAAAAAGGAAGCCUAAGAAACAGUUGGAAGCCCCGGUAGUUGAAUACGAACCUCCGGUCUUCAAUGGAAACCUUCGGAGAACACGAAGACGGACGCUGCUUGCAAGCGCGGAAUUGAUAGGGGCACGAUGUGAACAGAGCGACUCAGACAGCAUAGUCGACCAUACACAAAGGAAAUGCGCUUCGCCCCCCGACGGCGAAGUGGAGAUAGGGCAAACCGCCACUGCCGUCCAGGCUCGACGCGUCUCUCAAUCGCCGGUACAGCGAGAAUCCAAAGACAGCGGCUGUACGAAAGAAAGAGCCGAUGCUUCCUCCACUGGAAUGAAUGCAGAGCAAGCUUCCGACGAGUCCGGGGAUAGCGACGACGAAAACAGCAUCAUGACUUCGAUGACGGCUGCUACCAGGGUGCCUUACACUGAAGUUCCAGGUGUCGUCUACCAGUACCCCGCCGAAUCGAACGAUGGGAAAUGUGAGAGAGUAUUUAAAAACCCAGAAAUGGCUGAAGCAUUGGAGAAAUUCAGGGAACGGUGUCAAAUGACGGACAACGGACCGUACAAUUUGACGAAAUUCAGGAAGCUUUGGAAAUUAGUAGGUGGGGACGAAACGGGGGCACUCGGAGUCAGUAUCGAGAAAAUCGAGGAUAGUGGUCGUUUCAAAAGAGCGAAUCAAUUCGUCGCGAAGAGUGACAGCACAGGACAACGCAAAGCCCAGUACGGGCGCAUUUUGCCCCAUGCCUUGGAGACUGUCUUCAGAGGGGUUAUGGAAUUGAUGCCACAUCAUGUCUUCCUUGAUUUGGGCCAUGGCAUUGGGAAUACAUGCUUGCAGGCGGCCUUCACUAUGGGGUGUAGAGCCAAAGGAGUAGAGCUUGUUGAAGCACGAUACUAUGCGUCUGAGGCUGUCCACAGUACAAUUGCAAAGGUUGCAAACGAGAAGAGAAUGUCAAAGCCCACUGAAUGGGACCACCGAGCAGGUCUGGUUGAGUUGAAGCAUGGGCGAAUUGAAGACCCAACCUUGCGAGAAUGGCUGACGUGCGACAUUGAUCGGAUCUUUGUCAACAAUUUUGCAGAAGUGAUGAGUCAAAGAUCUGAACCGAAAGUCUCAACAAACACGGUCGAUUCCAGAAUUGCUGCUCUUUUUGCCAACUGCCGACCUGGAACUGUCAUGGUCACUCUUUACCCGAUUCAUGACCUUGGUGUCACCAACACUCGAACGAUGGCAGAAAGAAGAAAGCACAAAUUCAAGACACCCGAAUCCAAGCAGUCCAAUGCAUCGUUCUUUGAAGCGGAGGAGUUCGAAAUUGGGCAAAGGUGUGAGUGUGUCUCGUGGUCAGAGGCCUCAAGCAACACCGAUCAGCUCAUUGCAUACAAGUAUACUCGGUUGGAACAAGCCGACGGUGACCAAGGCCCAGUUCUCCUUUGUGCCAAUCCUUCUUGUGAAUGGGCUCGGAUCGGAAAACCGGUGCCGGCAACAGUCAUUGGCCCGCGGGGGCUUGUUAUGAACCUCAACGGUUGUAUUUGCGGAAGGAGCCUCCGACGAGUCCGAGACACCAACAAGUGCAAGCCUCCAGUGGGCCUACGUUCCUACGUUUUAAGAGAGGAAGAGAUGGGAGUAUGAACAGCUUUAGCUAAUAGAAUUAAUCCAUUGUAGUUAUUGCUGUUGGGAACG